AAUUGCUUGCUCAAUUUGAGAAUUUGAUCCCGGUAAAACCGCACUGUCAGCAAGUAUUAAAAUCUAGCACUAUUCAGUUCAUCAUUUCACUUGGUUACCCUUUUUGAAACGUUCAUAUCGCUUUUUUUAGUUGAAAGUGACGUUGAAAGUGGGAACUGGAAUGAAAACAGUUUAAAUCACAAAACGUAGUUUACCUUCAAAAGCUGGAUUAAAUUUGAAGUCAUGGAUCAAUUUCACUACGGUGGUUCUAUGGACGAGACUCUCCAGUUUACCAACAGGUGUAAUCCGAAUGACUUCAUGACUCUGUCCACUCCCACAGUUGUCUCUCUAGACCAAGUGCGUCCAUUUGUCUCCUACUUCACACUCUUCAUCGUCGUCACCAUCUCCCCCUGUCUAAUCAUCAGUCCAUUUUACAUCCCCAAACUUAGCACACUCUGCAGAAAGGUGAUGGCCAUGGUGGUGUUUUCUGACUUCCUAAAUACCAUCCUUGGUGCCACUUCCAACUUGAUGAGUCAUGAGUGGGAGCAGUACAAGAAUGAGACCAAUUUUGCAUGUGCAGCUGCAGUCUUCAUCGAGAACACUUCAUUCUUGUGGUCUCUCUGCUGGUCGUUCAUACUUCUUUGCUGUGUUCUUCUCAAUCUCCACGCCACAACUGUGAACAAAGAGAAACUUUUCCGAGUACUCAGUUGGGUCACGUGGCCAUGCGGAGUUGCAGUCACUCUUAUUUUCUACGUGCGACCUGGCUUAUUCCCAAUUACGUACAACAAAAGCUACAUUUUCAGUUCCGGGUGUCAGCCCAAAUACAUUUUCGAACUAGCAGACAAUGGAACGAAAUGUCUGCUAAUUGACCAAGCACUUGCUAUUUUCAUCCCAUUCUACAUUGUGAACUCCGGUCUUAUUCUUGCCUCACAAGUGGUGUUUGGGUUCAUUGUUUACCGUGCGUAUACUCAGUACAAACAAAUGCACUCUUCAGCUGAGCGGUCGAGAAACCGACAUGAAGAUCAUGCAUCGUAUGAAAUCCGGGCGGAAUUUUCUCGGACUGUUCUCAGAAAUUCGAUUCCAUUUUCAGUGACAGCUAUUGUUUACGUUAUUAUUUAUAUCCCUGUAAUUAUCCAGCAGUUUGUUCUGGCCUUUCAUGGGCCAAUUUUGGGUUAUGCCGGGUUGGAUUUCUUUCUCAAAUUGUGGUUUCUUUGUGCUGGAAACUUCACGACCCUUAUCAACAUUGUGUUUUAUGCCAUUUUGAGCAAAGUUAUGAGACAAGAAUUGAAAUUGAAAUUCAAACAAUUGGUCCGUGAAAUGAGGAAAGAGGCAGCCAAGCGAUUAGGAAGUGUGAACGAGUCCCUUUGUGAAGAAGUUGGAUUAAUUUCACCCAGACACAGUACGAACAACGAACAGCCCACUUUCACUUCGACUCCCAGUGACAUUCUGACAUUUUUCAGCGACGAUGAAAGCAGAAUCUCCACGAUCGCAAAUUAAAAACGAUCGGAAAAUGGGAUACAAGUUCGAGUUGUGGAAGAGUUUAGAUUUAAAUCACCAAUAUAAUUGAGAAUAUGAGAUACAAAUGACCAG